UGUAACUGUCAGUUAAAUCUGACAGUGGUGACAAGUGUCAACUUAACCUAUAAUUGUCCGUCUUGGAUAUUUUUUAAUUAAAUUGAAAUAAAAUGCCGACUUACGAAGUAGCUCUAAUGUUGCGUUCUAUGCCUAAACCAGAACUUAAAACUACUCUUAAGCGAAUUUCCCAUGCAAUAUUUGACCGAGGUGGUAUAAUCAGAAACAUUGAAAACUUGGGACAUAGACCUAUGCCUUACAAAACAUCUGCUCAUGGACUAGUCCACAGAGAGGCGAAUUAUUUUGUAUUUAAAAUUGAUACAGCAACAAAAGCAGUUUCCGAUCUAAAAGAAGAAUAUAGUAGAGAUGUCGAUGUUAUAAGACAACGUGUUUUUAAAUGUGAAGAAAGUAGCAGCAACAAUUGUACCCUGGAAGAGGAACUCCUGCCUCCUGCUUACAGAGACGAGGUUAAGAAAAUGAUCGAAGUUGGAAAAACACAAGUAAAUCGUUUCACUUACAAAUUUAAAUACAAUUCUGGUCUGGACUAUUACCCAUUCCAGAAGUGAGUACAUUUAAUGGACAGAUAGUAGUCUUUAAUUGUUAAUAGUACCUUGUAGACUUUUAGUAAUAAUUUACCAAUAAAUAUUUAUAAGUGUUUUAAA